AUGACUGACAGAAGCGUCGUCUACGCUCAGACCGAUUUGACGGCCGGUGGUGAUGAUCACGAGACCUUCUGGAAGCGCUUGGUCAAGGCUGGUCUUGAACCAACCACAUGGGUUGAUAGUCGGCACGACUCCGUCAUUGCGCUCAUCCGGUCGCCGAAGCACUUGCCCAAGGGUCUGGAACAAAUGCUUAUUCGGCGACUCAUGAUACUGUCAAAGAAACUCAGGAGAGAUCCCGAGGCGUCGGAGGCCUACUUGGAAUCAAACAUGAAUCAAAUCAUCGAGGCAACGAUCGGCCAGGUCGAUCGUGUCGAGGUAUAUCACAACUCUAUCCCUUGGAACCGGAUCCCCCCCGCUCUAAGCCGAGUCGUGGGCUUAUCUUCUCCUGUGCCCGACGGGAGUGUCGGUUAUCCGGCUCUAGGGAAAAACAAACACGGCGAUCUUGUUGAAACCCCCGCAGAUCCUAAAGAUCCACUUGGACGACAGGUCCUCGAGUACAUCCUGAAAACAUCGUACGCCGAGAAGGUCCCACUGAACCACACGAAUGUCCAGAAAACGAUCGACAUCCACGAUGUGCUCUUGUUCGAGUAUAUGAACAAAGACGGCGUAGAACAAAAGGCCGUGUCUCAUAACCAGAGUCUGAAUAUUGGAAUGUUCAAGGUCUGGCAGGAUGUGGACCUGGCCGACUUUCUCGACCAAGAAGCGCACGCCAGAAAAGGCCAGGACCAUGGCGGAGAAGUGAAUCCAAAGCCCAAGACAGUGCCGUCGGUACGGCUUCGGGGGAAAUGGAUCAACGCCAUCAGCAGGAAUCCUCCAUUCUGUCUAGUCUUCCGUAUCUGUGGAACGUACUGGGCCCUCGACUAUAUCGCUGCUAACCCGCCAUUACUCUCCUUCAGGCCAAGAACGAUUUACCAAACUAUCGUUGAGGGCAACUGGAUGAAGAACGCAGGCAAAUUCCUCAGGACUCUAAAGGCCGCUUAUUGCGUCUGCGUCAAGCGUGUCAAGGAAUUUAGGGGCGGAAUGAUGAGCGAUCUGCACAACUUCGCGAAAGCAGAGGUGGCAAAAAGGGGGUUAGGCGUGAUGCCGAAAGAUGGUCUCAAACCAAGGAUCUACCGGAAGCGCCCUCCCAUCCGUGAGGUUUCGAACCGCUUGGCUAACGAGAACGCACAAGCUGCGAAGGAUUGUGCGGAGGAAGGGGAUGCCUAA